AUGGGGUGUAGCUAUGGGGUGCAGCUAUGGGGUGAGUGCAAUGGGGCACGCUAUGGGGCUGUGCCCCCAGGCUUCAUGGCGCCCGAGGUGCUGCGGGACGAGGAGUACGACAUGGCCGUGGAUUACUUCACGCUGGGAGUGACGCUGUACGAGAUGCUGGACGCCAAGGGCCCCUUCCGCCGCCGUGGGGAGAAGGUGGAGAACAAGGAGGUGACGCGGCGCACGCUGCACGACGCGGUGUCGUACUCGGAGCGCUUCAGCGCGGCGGCGCAGGCGCUGUGCGAGGGGCUGCUGGCCAAGGACCCCCAGGCGCGGCUCGGCUUCCGCGACGGAACCUGCGCGCAGCUCCGGGCACACGCGCUGUUCUCCACUGUGCACUGGGGGCGACUGGAGGCGGGCCUGGUCCCCCCCCCCUUUGUGCCGGACCCCCGCCGGGUGUACGCCAAGGACCUGGGGGAGGUGGGGGCCUUUUCGACGGUGCGCGGCGUGGAGCUGGACGGGGGGGACGUGGCGCUGUGCGACGCUUUCGCUUCGGGGACGGUGCCCAUCCCGUGGCAGGAGGAGCUGAUCGAGACGGGGUUGUUCGAGGAGCUCAACGUCUGGGGGGGUCCCGGGCAGCUGCCCCCCGAUUUGGAUCCCAACGCUGCCCCCAGCGGGGGGGGGACGCGGUCGGCUACUUGUGGGGUGCUGUGA